UCUCUCUCUCUCUUCUCUCCUAUAUACGCGUUCUGUUCUUCAGCUAAUCGCAGUAAUGGAAGGUGAAGAAAAUAUCCAACUCCUAUUCAAACAUCUUCCACGAGAAAACAAUGAUGAAUUGGCAGAAGGAAUUAAAAAUAUCACUGGGUAUGAUUUCAAAGAUAAAAAUUUAUUACUGCAAGCCUUUACCCAUCAUUCUUACGAGGAAAAUUGCACAUCAUCGUACGAGAGGCUUGAAUACGUCGGUGAUUCUGUUCUGAAUCUCAUGGUUGCUGAAGAACACUACCUUUCGUACCCGGGUUUACAACCUGGCGAUUUGACCCGAUUACGAGCUGCCAAUGUUGACACGGAGAAGCUUGCACGUGCGGCUUUGAAACACCGGUUGCACAGAUUUCUACGCCAUAAUAAACCUAUACUUGCUGGACAAAUUAAGGAAUUUGAGGAAUCAGUCGUCGAAUAUCCUUUGCAUUCGUGGGGUCUAAUUGAUGCGCCAAAAGCUCUUGCAGACAUUGUUGAAUCUUUGAUCGGGGCAAUAUACAUCGACUCCAACAGGUCAAUGAACAUAACCUUUGAGAUAGCGAAGGAAUUGUUACAGCCAGAAAUCACUCCAGAAUCUAUUCAGAAGCAUCCAGUAACAAUGCUUUAUGAGAUAUGCCAAAAGAAGAACUGGGAAGUUAGCAUAAGAGAUAUUUGGAGAAAAACUGGUGAAGUUGAAGUUUAUGUAGAUGGAAAAUUUGCUGGGAGGGGAAAGUACGAAGGCAAGAAACUUAUUGCCGUCAAUAGAGCAGCACACGAGGCAAACCAGCAUAUUGUAAGAGAACUUGCUCAAGAAAGUCCACAGUCCGUAGCCUCCCCAAGUUGCCAUCGCUAGACAACGAACUGUCGAGUUCAGGGAAGAAAUUUUGUUAAGAUUCUCGACUUAGCAAUUGAAUUUAAUAUUUUACGACAUUUACUACAAGUCCAGAUAACAUAUUGUAUUUUACUCGACUGCUACAUUCAUCUUCAUUAAACAGGUGGAGUCCUUUUGUACUUUAAAUUGAAUAUUUAUAUACAUAAAACAUGUAUUUUGCUA